AUGCUGUUCACGGCUGCUGAUGAAGACGAUUCGGGAGAGCUGAGCUUUGAGGAGGUCAAGGAGCUGCUGCCAACGCUCGACGUGGACGCCAAGACUGAUGAAGAGGUGCGGCGAGUGAUGAACGCGCUGGACAAGGACGCGUCCGGAACCAUCUCCUUUGAGGAGUUCGUCAACCUGCUCUUCUGCCUUAUCUACGGCAUUGCCCUCGAGUGA